AUGUCGUUGUUUUCCGUAAUUCUUUCUCCCAUCACUGGGACUCUUUUCUUUCUCUGGACAAAUGUCCUCAUCAUUUUGUGCACGUUGGUGUGCUCUGGUGUUCUGGCGUUCAUGAUUUCCUAUUACUUGUAUGGUUAUUCGUCCUCUCCGCAGAGUCGUUCCAGUUCUUCGGAUGGUUCUCCGACAAGUGAGUUUACGGUAGCCCUUCAACUUUCUUAUGAUACUGCGAAGCCUGGUUAUUUAGGAAUCAGUAAAAAGAGAACGUCGACCAUUCACGAGAGUGAUGAAGAUGCACCAGGAUGUGUAAAGUCUGCAAAACCUGACAUCAUCGAACUUCGUCGAAUGCGUAAGAGAGAUUGGGCAAAGAAACUUUACAAGAGUCUUCUGAAGAAUGACUCGCCUGGCCGUCUCUCAUCUGAUGACUCUGAUUCAAGUCACGAAAGAAAUUUGCGUCCCCGUCACCUUAGACGACGUCAUUCUACCUCCGGACCUCUGCAAAUGGCAAGAGACCUGAUUCGUCGAAGUAGCCGUAGCUACUUUCGGCAAACGUCUGAAAUGCGUGACAAGCUUCCACGACCACCACAGGAAUUCUACGAGCCAAAUGAACUACCGGAGAUUCCACAACAUCUACAACCAGAGCUCUUCUAUAUUCUUCACAACUUGAAAAUGUUGGAGCUGCCAGCUGAAUGGAAAUUGGACCCCCGAGACAUCGAUGUGAGAAGUUUUGCCCGUGGCGAUAUCAUUGUGCGUCCCGGAGAGCCUGAUGACAGCAUUUAUGUGGCCAUUGAAGGAACAUUGGCUGUUUACAUUGCGCAUAAAGAAGGGAAGGACUACCUUGUGAAGAAGAUUCCACCAGGAAAUAGCUUCUUCUCGUUGCUUUCGAUGCUCGAUGUAUUGAUGAAUGCUCCAUCAUACUUCAAGACAGUCUCUCUGAAAGCUGCCGAACCUUGUACAGUUGCAAAGUUCCCAAUCAAGAGCUUUCGCGACUCGUACAACAAGAAUCCUGAGGCAUGGAUGAGACCGAUCCAGAUUGUUCUCACACGAUUACUUCACGUAACAAUGACUACAUUACAUCAGUAUAUGGGUCUAAGUCAAGAACUGAUGAAGAGGCGACGUGACGCCGCAGGACCAGAUGAUCGCACACGUCACACGAGUGGUCCAGUGCGAUCAACUCAAUCAGCAAUAACGUCAUCGCAUACAGGACAUAAGAAGAUCAAGGAACCCCGCCUGAGCAGUUCAGAC